GACUUUGAUAUUUGUGUUGGUUUUUGCUGUAAAAUUCCUUUGUUUUGAGCAGCGUAUUGAAGUGAUCUGUAUUCAGUCUCGGUGUGAAAUAAUAGGCAUAAUUUCCUUUAUUAUGUCGUGCCUUCUUUCUGCGAGGCUCAUCGCAUCGCGAGUAAGUGCAGGCCGCGUGUACUGUACAGCGACAACGGUGAAAAAUGAUUCUAAACGAAAGAAAUUUGUUAUUGAACUGGGGAAGAGUAAUGAAGCGUAUCUGCAGUACUCGGAAGAUCGCCAUUAUAACCUGAUCAAGUUCGAGCAUACCUACGUUCCCGACGCUGGCAAAGGCAAGGGAUUAGGUAAAAAGCUAGUGGAGUCGGCUUUUCAAUAUGCUAUAGCGCAAAAGCUUACGGUAAAGCUGGAAUGUGACUUUGCAGUCAAAUAUUUCAAAGAUAAUGAGGCCAAGUACAAGGCUUACGUAACGAAGUGAACGCAUUGAAGCAGGCAAUAGGAAUGCAGAAUAAAACACAUGCAUGAUUUGACAUCGAUCGUUUAUGUUUGCCGAAAGACAUGCAUGUGAAACGGGCUCUAUAUUCAAUUGGAUUCAUAUUUUGGCUAUCCCUAGAGUGUACAACAAAACCAGUGCAAGAUGGGACGGCAUCCGCUUUCCCUACUAAUAGUGGUACUGUCGCUAAUGCUGCUGCCGUACGGUUACACCUGGAAGGAAUAUCGGAUACGUAGAAGCAUCGACCUGUCCUUCACAAACCCACUCAUAUCCGAUACGAAGUUGCCAAACGAGCUAGUCCCAUCCGGGUACAGCCUGUACCUGCACCCGAUACUCGAAAAGUCUUCCUUUGCAGGACGCGUAAACAUUACAAUGAUGUGCGCUAAGUCUACCAAUCAAAUCACACUUCAUGCUCACCACGAUCUUACCGUAGAUGAACUAGAUCUGGAGGUGGUAAAGAUGAGCGACGAGAGUAAGAUCGCUAUACGUCGCGUGGGUCGCGUUCCGAAAAAACCAUUGCUAGAAAUUUAUUUUCACAAUUCGUUGACGGUCGGUGUAUCGUACGAAGUACGCCUCAAGUUCAACGGUAACAUUUGGGAGAAUGUGGAAGGUAUUUUCGAAGGGAAGUACAAACAGCAAGCGAACGCUGGCGGCACGGAUACAGAUGCCGAGGGUGUGAUCGAAGCGGAAGAGCACUCGUACGUCAGUACGUACUUCCGGCCUCACCAUGCACGUCGUGUAUUUCCUUGCUUUGACGAGCCAGCGUAUAAGGUACCGUUUAACGUGAGUAUUGUACGUCCGCGAACGCAUCAUGUCCUAUUCAACACUGAGCUAGAGCGCACGGAACAGCUAACACCCAACGAUUCGAAAUACGUGAUCGAUGUGUUCAAGCGCACACCACCGAUGUCGACAUUUACGUUUGGAUUUCUCAUGUCCGACCUUCAACAAGUCCCGUCUAUGUCUGACGAAAAGGAUGACGAACUCAAAAAACCUGCGAUUCGUAUUUGGGCACGGCGUGACUUCCAAAAAAAUGUAGCCGAUGUAGAGCAGCGUGUGAAGCUUGCUUUGAAAAAGUUGAAAGACUAUUGGGGCGUGGAUUUGCCGCUCGAAAAACUGGACGUGGUGGCACUGCCUGGAUUCUCGUACGUGAAGCCGGCCGAUAACUGGGGUUUGAUUGUGUUCAAGGAAAGUGAACUGAUGAGAGGCUACUAUAACCUUGCCCAAGAACUGGUCUAUCAAUGGCUCGGCUCAUGGAUUACUCCGCACUGGUGGAGCGAUGCACAUGUGAACAAAGCCAUCGCAGGAUUCCUUUCUGCCGACACUGCGAUUAAAAUUGAUGGAGGCGAUGAGUUCGAAGGUAAGUACCCGAUGACCAUUCUAUACUCCAUCUACUACGAGUUUAGCAAACGCUACCCGCAUUCACGUAUCACGGGCCAGAAGCACGAGACGACGUGCAGCAAAACCGAACUAGUGUUGCGUAUGCUGAACUACACGCUCGGUGCGGCUACGUUCCGCCGUGGUAUGCAGAAGUUCAUCCAACAUCGCGAGUACAAAACGUUCUACGGCGAUGACGUGUGGGAAGCGCUCACCAAACAGGCCCAUCUCGAUCAACGGCUGUGCGAAUCGGCCACCGUGAACGAUGUCGUCAACUCGUGGAUCACCAAAGAUCGAAUCCCGAUGGUGAAGGUGAUACGCUCGUAUGACGACCGUACGGCCACCGUAAUGCAAAAGUUGUAUCUGCGUGAGCGUCCGCACGAUGUGCUAGAUAAGGAUAAAAUGCUUUGGUGGAUCCCGCUCGUGGUUGUUACACAGGACCGGUUGAACUUUGGCAACAUCAGCGCGGUGAAAUGGAUGAAGCAGGUGCGGGAAAUAAAACUGGAGGAACUACCGAAACCAGACGAGUUCAUCAUUGUCAAUCCGGAAGAGAUAGGGCCGUUCCCGGUGAACUACGAUGAGCGUAACUGGAACCUGCUUGCAUCUUUCCUGCAGAAAGAAGAGGGCAGAACCAAGAUUCCCGUCUACACGCGUGCAAAACUGCUUCACGACGCAUGGAACCUUGCGUAUGCCGGUGAGCUUAGCUUUGGCACUGCCUUCAAUAUGACACUCUUCAUGAAGUACGAACGAAACCAUUUGGUAUGGAAUCCGGUGUUUACACUAAUCGAUCACAUUGGCCGCCAUAUCGAUAUGUCUGCGGUGCACAAAAAGUUCGAAAUGUAUGUCCGUACCCUGCUGACACCGUUGUACGAAGAGCUGGUCAUCAAUCAGCAAGAGAACGAGGAAAUGUGGAAGGCAAACUUACGCUCGCUGGCAAAAAAUUUCCUCUGCCGCGCCGGUUACAAACCGUGCAUCGAGGAAGCGCAACGUGCGUUCAACAAGUGGAUGGACAGCCCGGACCCGGACGCAGGCAAUCCAGUUGCCAAUCAGUAUAUCUGCCCAGUGUUCAAGUGGGGUACGCGGGAGGAGUGGGAGUUUGGACUGCAGCGAGUCAUCAAUUUCCCCGAGUCACGCGUUAAGAGUGAACGCACCUAUCUGCUGAAAACGCUCGCCGGCUGCCCAAGCCAACCGUUUAAGAUAGAUCGUCUGCUGAACAUCAUGGUGCUGGAGGAUAAUGGUAACUUUACCGACAACGAUAUCAGUCUUAUCUUCAAGAUGCUUUCCGGUGGAUCAAGUGGCUACACGACGCUUUUCAACUUCCUCAAGAAUAACUGGGAUGCAAUCAAAUUACGAUUCAAGAAUCGGGAAUCACUGUGGGAUAAUAUGAUCAAUUCCGCUACUGGUUUAUUUACCACGCAGGAAGGCUACGAUAUGGUAUCGCAACUGUACGUGCAGCAUCAAGGUGAGUUCGGUACAGCGGAACACAUCAUUGAGAAGUCGCUGAAGAACAUCAAGGAGGAAACGAAAUGGAGUGACGAAAACUUGCCAGUUAUAGAGAAGUGGCUCGACAAUUUUCUCGCUAGCAAUGGUGUAGCGGAUCAAAAGUUUCUCGGUUGAUAUCGUCGUAUCAUGGCGGAAGUAGCUGUAUGAUUAAACAAAGUUGAGAAAAGACGUAGGAGAGCGGGAUAAAAAGCGAGUGUAAAAGAGUAUGAAAUAGGUGUGAGCAAAUAUCUCUAGAGGAAAAAGUUGUAGGAAUGUUUCUUAGCAGGAUAUUAUAGCCCUUGAUGGGAUAAGUCAACGAUGUGUUUGAAAGCCGGCAAAUACUGCUAAUCAAUAGAAACCGAAUUCUCCGGCAAAGAUACCAAUAAACGACGUCUUACCGAUUUCAUUGCUUUCA